AUGGAUAACUAUCACUUGCCUGUCAUAGCUGUGGUCCUUUACUUUAAUCUUCCUGGAUCAGUGGGAACCAAGUCACAGCGGAUUCUUCCUGCUACACAUCACCAUUCAGAGUGCCAGUGGGAUGGACAGGUCUUACUGAAUUGCUCUUUUACCAGAAUAUCUACUAUUCCAGAAGAUUUAUCACAGAUAGCAGUAACAGCUGAUUUGAGUUACAAUAAUAUUAAAACUUUUGUGUGCUCUGAUGGAAGAAAUGAAGAGUGGAUUCUAAAACACCUGAACCUCAGUAACAAUCUGAUUUCUGAACUCACUUUAACUACUUGUACAAAUUUACCCAAUUUAGAAACUCUAAACCUCAGUGGUAAUGCCAUCCACACCCUCACAAUGGACAUGCCUACUCCUGCACACAGCUUUAAAAAGUACAGCAUUGUUGAUCGUCUCCUGCCUGCUUUGAAAGUAUUAUCAGUUGAAAGAAAUAAUCUUAAUACAGUUCCAAGAGGGCUAGGCCUCCUGCAGUCUUUACAAACUCUCCAUAUGUCAUCCAAUGCCAUACAACAGAUUGACCCAAAGGAUUUUCAAAACUGUUCACAGCUGAAGGACAUUGACUUGCGAAACAACAAGAUAACUAAAAUUCAUCCAGAUGCCUUCAGAGAUCUCAACAAAUUACAGGUCGUGGAUCUUCGUGAAAAUGCUCUGACAAUCCCUCUACCACAGAUACUAGUCAGUUUGAACUUUUUUCAACUGGAAGUGUAUUUGUCAAAGAAUGCCUGGAUAUUUAACUGCAGGCUAAAUGCUUUUAAACAUUUCUUUCAUUUUGUCUUUGAAUCCACAAGGCAGAAAUGGAGCCUUUCAUACAAUAAGUCUGCCAACAACUCCCAGAAACCUCUGCUGUAUCUUUCAAGUUUCCAUUUAAACUGCAGGGACAAUGUUUUGCUCAAAAGGGCCACAGUCCCAACAGGGAACACAUCAGUGCUGACCUGUAACUUGGACAACAUAAGGGGCAAUGGAGUCUCUUGGUGGACACCUAAGGGCAGAAUUUCAAAAAAUCACCGUCUUCCUCAUAUGACACUGGAUAAAAUGAAUAAUUUAGUGAUAUACAAUGCUGAGAAAACUGCUGAAGGGUUAUAUUUGUGUAUUUUUAAUACAACCAAAGAGAAGUAUCUCAUUUAUAAUAUAGAGGUGAAAGAAGGAAUCUCAGCAUUUUUGGUUAGAAAAGCCAGGGACACUAACACUGUUUUUAGACAGAAAGAAACAGAGCCAAACUUUGCACUGGCUGUCUCCCUGUCUGUGCUCAUUACAUUUGUUUGUGCUUUUUGUCUGGGUGCUUUUGCUAGACCCUACCUGGAGAGCCUGUGGAGACUCAUGCGCAGGAACAAAAAUUCAGGUUCAGAACACAUGUAUUCUAAUCAAGCUUUUUCAGAUGAAACCUUGAGCAGAGAGUCUUCUGCAAGCAGGCCAACAAAUAUGCAGCACAAUACAUUAUUUUGUGAUAAGAACUCUUUAAGAAACACACGCAUUUUUCCUACAGAAACUUCUACUGUGUAUGAAAUUGUCACUGGCAGUGGUGUACAUUCACCAAAUCCCAAAGCAGAGUACCAGAAACAAAGCAAUACUGAGAUCAACAUGAAGAAAAUACCAGCGUUUUCAAAAGUCCAAAGUAGUAUUGACAAUAAUGAAAGUAUAAAUGUUUAUGAUCCUGGACUAUUUUUUGGAAGGGCGGAUUACCAGAAAAGCAAUGAAAUAACACCAAACAGCAAAGUAAGGAACAACUCUGGUCUGCUGCAGUCUGAAACCACAAAAGCUACACCAGAUUCUCCAGAAAGAAAAGGUGUUUCACAUAACAAACCCAGGCACACUAGAAAAAUUAUGCAGGAAAGGCAAAGCUGUGAAGAACAACUUUGUCUAAAUGGCAACAAAAAUAUACCUAGUGAUGUUGGAGAUUUUAUUUCACCCAGUAGGUCCAGAAGAGAUGCAGAUAUUGAGAAUUUAAGCAUUUAUGAAACAAUAGAAAACUCUCCCCUAACAGAGCAUGACUGUAAAAGGAUACAUUCAGACAAAAAAGAUGCUUCAGCUGAUAUAUUUGGUGACAGUUCUUCAGCUGAAGGGGCUCCAUUCACAAUGAGUGAUUGUAGUUCUUUAGCAGACUUUGAAGUGGAACAACCUGGUGUUAGUGACAACCUGCCAGUGUGUCAGUCAUCACUAGAUGAAGCCAAGACAGACAGUGGAACUGAGAAGUUUGUAACACCACCAGAGUCUCCAAACAUUACUGCUGAACUUCAGCAGACUGGGAAAAUUGAAGAUGAGAACAGUGCCUAUUUUGAAACCACUAUUAAUUAUGGGUCAGAUACCACCAUGCAGGAAACAGCAUCCCCUUACACUGAUAAAAGCAGUGGCCACAUAAGCGUGUCAGAUCCAGAUAGAGUCAGUUCUUCAAAUCAAGAAAUUCCAGAUACAUUUGAUUAUUUUACUAAUGCAGAGUCAACAGCACAAAACUCUGAUUCUCUCCAUAGUCGAAGUACAGAUUUUGGUAACGUGGUACUUAAGUUAAAACCUUUUCCCACACAUGACACAGAGGAAACUUCUGAAGAGGAUGAACUGCAGCUUUCUCUGUUUCCCAGAGAAUCACAGCAUUCCCUCACCUUCAGUCACACAGAACAAAAAGAAAAUGCACCAGCAGGAAGUACAGAUGAGCACAUAGCCAGGAACUCCCCUGAAAAGAAUCACAGUGAAGCAGACAUUACAUUAAGAAGAAACACUAGUAUAUCUGAGGACAAUGGCUUUAUUUUUGCUCCCAUUGAUACUGGUUUGAAUGAAGUUGUAAAAAAACCAUCACUGCUGCAUUCCAGCCAAGAAUCAUCUCUUCAAUUGCUGCCUGAAGACACAGCUGAAAAACAUUUUAUGUUUGUUACACAGCAAGAUGACUUGCUACCACAGGAGAAGCAGGCUUGUGCAGAUAAAAUGCAAGGAGGUUCUGAUGAGGAAAAACGUGAUGGAUUCACAGAAUUACAGGAUACCAGCAAUUGCAGUCUGCUUGAAGAAAUGCAGUCUUGUAGUCCUACAGCAGUUCUGCUGCAUCUUCAUAGUUCUGGGAAAACUCAGUCAGAAUUCACAACAGAUAAUCCCUUCCAACUGGAUCAGAGUGAUGAGGAUGCAUAUUCCUUCUCAAUCCCACAAGGCUUCUUCAGUGAAAGCACACCAUACAGUUCAUCUUCCUUCCCACAAAUGCCUACAAGAAAUACAAUCUCUGAAAGCACUGAUUCCAGCAAGAUGAAGGAUCACACUACUUUGACAGAACUGGAGAACCAUUCUGCAACAACUGUAGAACACCUCCAAAAUUUCAGUGAAAAUCACAGCCAAAAAAGUCAAACAAAUUCGGGACAAAACCAGUUUUUUGUUAAGAAGAAAAGAGCAUUUGAUGGAUUUGCUAAUAUUUUGCAAAGCAGGAGAACAAACUUCAGUAGUUGA